AUUGCUUUCGCAGCGUCAUCUCAGCUGAAACACCGUAUAUCUAGUGCACUGAUUACGGCUGCUUUUUCAAUCGAUCUUUUACCUUUUUCCUUUGGAGGGAUAUGUCUACUCUAAUAAGCUAUUUUAAAAACGGACGGGUGAUGCAUUUCAGUAUUUAUUUCAUUAUUUCAUUUUACCGUGAAACCAUUUGGUGACGGGGAAGAGCAUGAAGUGAUUGUCAUUUGUUGGCUUUUGGGGGGAGUGUGGUGACCGAAAGCGGUUGUAUCGGCGUAGGCUAUAUCAUAGUGCUCCAAUCUUAAGUCUAUUUCUUUGUGGUAGAGCCUUUGGCAAUCAGCAUAUGUUCUCUCCGUCUCUGGUAAGUGGGGGAGGCGGAGAGAGACGGGCUGUGGGAGAAGGCGGUUUAUUACCCGUGGAGCAAAACACAGUUUAUUUAGAGGGAUGAAUCGUAUGCAUUUUUUGCAAGUGGACUACAAAACUAAUUGUUGACUGCUGCAUUUGGCGUAUUUUCUCUGUGGCGAAUUAUACAGAAAACCAUCACUGCUGAGCAAGGCGCCCACCAGACCACUGCAAUUUCUGGGCAAAGAUAGACUGGCGUCGUCUUGUGGAUAGGCUUCUAUGGCAGCAUAUGGCAUCUUCUGAAGGGAAGAAUCCACGAAUCGUUUGCAUUUUAGAAUGUAUUUUUAGCAGAAUGCAGUGACGGGAUUUUGAACCCAGCAUCAUUAGCCUACGCGGUUUCCGGUUCCUAGCUGGUGUUUCCCCAUUGCAAAAUUAUCGGAAAAAGCAGCGGAUCCCGAUGGCAUGGACACUUACGCAAGGUCUGCCGCGCUGCCGUGCUACUGGAGCCUAUUUGCUGUCUCUCCCUUCAACCCAGCUCCACCGCCAUCGCCCCGCAGCCCAGAGAGCCCUGCCGCAACGCGACCAGCGACCACCGAGCCAAAGCAGGCGGCAUGAGGCUUGAUUCAGUACAUUUAUCCAUGCUGGUCAUCGGGGUCUCUUUCGCCUGCUACUCCCCGAGUUUGAAUUCUCUGCAGGACCAGGCUUACAAUUCCGCCGUGGUGAUCGAGGGCAAGGUGCAGUCCGCGCCUCUGAACGACUCAGUCGAGGCGUACAGUGUGAAUGUCAAAGUGCUGGACUUGUGGCCGCGGAACAGCGGAGGUCUGGAACGGGAGCAGCUCGUCACCGUGGGGGAAUUCGGAUCGGAGGCUCUUUGCACCACAGUGAUAAAGAAUCACAAGUAUAUUUUUUUCAUGGACCCAACUGAUGAGCCUCUGGUUUUCAAGGCGUCGUAUGCUCCCAUAGACACUCGUGGGAAUAAUCUAAAAAAAGAUGUUGGGAGGAUCUUGUGUGAAAACUGCGCUAAUGCCCCAAAGUUGAAGCGGUUGAGGAACCUGAUGGUGGAAGAGGGGAGCAGGCUCACGGUCAAGUGUGAGGCUACAGGAAACCCCAGCCCUACCUACAAAUGGUUCAAAGAUGGCAGUGAGCUCAAGAAAAGCAGAGAUGUCAAAAUAAAGUCCAGCCAGAAGAACUCCAGGGUCCAGAUCAGCAGAGCCAAGCUGGAGCAUUCUGGGAAUUACACGUGUGUGGCAGAGAACCUUCUGGGGAACUCCAACUCCACGAGCACUGUUCAUGUCCAAAGCAUAACUACCACACCGUCUCCAGGCUCGGGCCAUGCCAGAAGAUGCAAUGACUCAGAGAAGGCCUACUGCGUGAACGGCGGCGACUGUUACUUCAUACAUGGUAUCAAUCAGUUCUCCUGCAAAUGUCCAGAUGGAUUCUUCGGCCAGCGGUGUUUGCAAACAGAGCCGCUGCGGUUGCGCAUGCCCAAUCCUUACAAAAAAGCUGAAGAGCUCUACCAGAAAAGAGUCCUGACAAUCACGGGGAUCUGCGUGGCUCUGCUGGUGGUGGGCAUUGUGUGUGUGGUGGCCUACUGCAAAACCAAGAGACAGAGGAAGAAGAUGCACAAUCACCUGCAGCAGAACAUGUGUGCAGAUCACCCAAACCGGAACCUAGCGAACGGACCCAAUCACCCAGGACCUGGCCCUGAGGAGAUACCCAUGGUAGAUUACAUCUCUAAGAAUGUGCCUGCAACGGAGCGAGUCAUAGGGCAUGUACCAGAGGACUCGUUCCCAGGCAGCCAUGCGUCCUCCAGAUCUCACAACUCCUCUACCCAUGCCCAUUCAUCCACUCACAGACACGAGGAGCGGACAUGGAGCCUGGAGCGGACUGACAGUGUCCUCUCAGACUCACCAGGCAUGAUGUCGUCCUCCGUGGGGACCAGUAGGUGCAACAGUCCUGCGUGCAUGGAGGCCAGGGCCAGGCGUGCCGCACACUGUGGCUCUACUGUGCCCCACCGGCCGGGCCUGCAGUAUGAAGACUCGUUCGAUUCGCUGGGGGACUCUCCACACAGCGACAGGUAUGUGUCAGCCCUGACAACGCCGGCCCGCCUGUCUCCAGUGGACUUCUUUUACUCGCUGUCCCCGCAGGUGCCUUCCUUCCAGAUCACCUCCCCCAACACCAGCCAGGCCAUGUCCCUGCCACCCGCCGCCCACACCCCCUACCCCCCGGAGAAUGACCAGCCUCUGCUGCGGCGCUACCAGGUGCCCCUGCAUGACGUCCAGCGCCAAGAGCCCUACCGGCAGCAGCGCUGCACCUACCUGAACGACAGCACGGGCAGCCUGCCCUCUAGUCCCUACAGGCUGGCUGAGGAAGAAGACUACGAGACCACACAGGAGUACCUCUCCUCCCGUGAACAACCAAAGAAAAGUGGGACCGGCAGUGGUGGUGUUGGGGGUCGGCGCUUGCGGAGGUCCAGACAGAACGGCUACGUAGCGCCGAGAGGAUACGAGGCGUCACAGGACUACGGCUCUCGCAGCUGCCUGAUGGACAGCGAGUCGGAGGGGGAGGGUGAGAGCACGCCCUUCCUCAGUAUGCAGAAUAUGAAUGCGGAGCCCUCCACCAUCUGCAGGCCGGCCAACAGUAGGACUUCUCAGUCACACUCUUCGGGGCGGCACGGUGCACGUGGGACUGUACAGACCAGAGAGACGCACUCACGGUCCAAACCGGACAAUGUACCGCAUUAAAGAAAGAAGAUGAGCUACCAACGAAAAUCAAUAUAGUAUAAACCUGCACCUAUACAAAAUAUUUUUAUUUUAUAUAACUGACAGAUAUUCUAAACAAAUGAAAUAUUUAUUUUCAUUUUUAGCAAAAGUUGUCUACUAGUUAACAGCAAAGACUUUUUUAUAGGGAAAACUCUAUUUAUAUGUACAUUUUGAUUUACAGUAUAAAAAGACGUGCCAAUUUUUUCACAACUUCAAACAUUGAGUAAUAUUGUGGUGCCUUUUGAUGUAUUCCGAUGGCAGAGGGCCAGUGGAAGUUUUUGUAGCCUUUCUUAUAUGGACAUCAUUUCUUAUACAUGUUUCCUCUGUUGUUUUCUUUUUUGGGCUUUGUUUUUUCUUCUUUUCAGGCUGCGUUCUUCUGGGAGUCGAGCCCCAUUUGAACAUUACCCCUCCCCUUCCACAUCAUGCAAUAUAAACCACUUAAUCAUAAGGUGUAUGUUUACAUGAAUAUAAUUCACCUAUAGGGUUUAUCAUUUUGGGACUCUCCAGUAGAAAAUCUGAUCAAUGCAACGCAGGUCCUUGCUCUCUGAGUGGGGAGGAGUGUUUGUGUGUGCGUAAGUGCGUGUACUCACGUGUUUGUGUGCGUAUGUGUGUGUGUGUGUCUGUGUGGGGGGGGGGGGGGGAUUUUGUGUACAGCUAUGCUUGUGCGUGUGUGAGUGUUACAAGUCCUAAUGUGUUGUUGUACCAACCAACUGGUUGCUAUCUUGGGCGCCAAAGCAAUUGUAUCAGUAGAGGAAAGCUGCAGGUGCACAGUGAAGAUCAGCCUGGGUUCCAGGGUUGCGCAGGGUAGAGGGUAGAGAGUUAUGUUGGGUAGAGAGUUAUGUUGGGUAGAGAGUUAUGUUGGGUACAGAGUUAUGUUGGGUAGAGAGUUCUGCAUGUCAUUGCUUGAUGUGUGUUUACAUCUGCCCCACCUUUGUUUCCUGGCCCCCUCCUUGUACCAACAGGGUAAGGUUCGUUUCCUGGCCUCCUCCUUGUACCAACAGGGUAAGGUUAGUUUCCUGGCCUCCUCCUUGUACCAACAGGGUAAGGUUUGUUUCCUGCCCCCUCCUUGUACCAACAGGGUAAGGUUUGUCUCCUGGCCCCCUCCUUGUACCAACAGGGUAAGGUUUGUCUCCUGGCCCCCUCCUUGUACCAACAGGGUAAGGUUUGUCUCCUGGCCCCCUCCUUGUACCAACAGGGUAAGGUUUGCCUCCUGGCCCCCUCCUUGUACCAACAGGGUAAGGUUUGUCUCCAGGCCCCCUCCUUGUACCAACAGGGUAAGGUUUGUCUCCUGGCCCCCUCCUUGUACCAACAAGGUAAGGUUUGUCUCCUGGCCCCCUCCUUGUACCAACAGGGUAAGGUUUGUCUGCUGGCCCCCUCCUUGUACCAACAGGGUAAGGUUUGUCUCCUGGCCCCCUCCUUGUACCAACAGGGUAAGGUUUGUCUCCUGGCCCCCUCCUUGUACCAACAGGGUAUGGUUUGUCUCCUGGCUCCUUACUGGUCCCACCAGGGUAAGGUUUGUCUCAUGGUAGCCUCCUUGUCCUGGCUGAUUCUGAAGAAGAAAUGUCGUUGGCCAGUUUCUCAGUUGGUCUGGAGAUAUCCCUGCCAUCAGUGAUAGUGGCUCAAUGCAAAGAGACAAAACUAAAAGCAAGAACAUCCCAUGAAUGUAUAUCUUUCUCCCAUCACCCAUGCCUCCUCCUCAUCCUCCUCACCUGUCCAUUGUGUCCCUGUGGCCAAAGUAAAGGUUCGCACAGCAUCUCAGGACUUCCACCCACCCCUCUGCCCCCUCUUCCCCUCUCUCUCUCCCCCUCUCCCUCCACCAAAAUAUUUCCCUAAGACUAAGCCCCCCCCCCCCCCCCAAGGACAUAAAGAACACACCCAACAUGCUCUGCCUCUGAGCACUCCCAUCUAAAGAGAAAGAAAUGAGAGUGGAAUCUCAGUGGAGAACAGAACAGAAUAUAACAGAAUAGAAUAGAGUAGAGCAGAACAUACUAAACCAAUACAAGAGAAGUAGCUGUGAAACUUUGGAGGAUCAUAAAAUGCCAAAAUAUGCAAACGUUCUAUUUUGCUCUGUUUGAUGACAUCAUUUUCUAAGAGGUGUGUUGUGUGAAACCUAUGUAAUGCCUAUUGUGCAGGAGAAGUAACAUGAUAUCAAUACAUAUUUAUAUCCAUUCUUAUUUUCCAUGCAGUUAUGCAGCGCUUGCUCAAAUUGUCAAUUUUCCUCAUUCACAGAUUCAUGUCCAUUGACACUGAAUUCUUAUCGCACCAGACCAAGCAGACAACACGCAAGUCUACAGUAAUGACUAAUCACUUUAAAGGGUCUCAUUCACUAAUGUUGAGUGCUGCUCGGUCUUGUGGAUAAGGAUAAUAAUGUUGAUUGUUAUGAAGUAUGUCACUAACAGGUUUGGAAGUUAAUUUCAUACCUGUCAAAAAUGUUGGAGUAAAUGGUUCUGACAAUGCAUUUGAAAUGAUUAUUGGUAAUCCUGCAAAACUGGUUAUAUACAUUCUAAAAUAUAACCAAAAAAAGAAAUCAUCAGAUGAGUCUAGGUCAAAAGUAAACUAAUAAGUAGGAUUUAAAACACAACGGCUGUAAGAUGAAGGCACAUUGACAAAGACACGUAGACACGUAGACAUCUCACAAAUGGAUUUUCUCUCAUUUCGGUUUCUCACACUCUGAGUGUAAUUUUGUAUGUUUGAAAAAUGUAAAAGAAGACAGUAGUUCUAGUUUAAAUGUGAUAUUUCCCCAACCUUGCCCCCCUCCUCACCCAAUAGAAGUGCUGCCAGGUUUUUAUUUUUAUUCCCUUGCUUGACAUGUUUCCACACCUCUCCUCUGCAUGUACUUGUGGUCAAGGUAUAUGGGUGCAUGGUGGUGAAAAGCAGCAGUCAGUUUAUUUUCAGUCAGUGGAAGUGUGUUUCAUUUAACAUUCAGCAAUAAAUAUAUCCCCCCCCAUCUCCAUUCUAGGAAUAUGCUAGAAAAAAAGUACAAAUGCGAGAUUGUCAUAGAUUGUAAAAUAAAAUUUGAAAAAUAAUCCACAAA